AUGACGGUACGGCUGCGACUGAAGAGGAACCCCUCUGCCAACGCACAGCGUAAGGUGGACAUCUCCAAGCUGCGGUCCCCCGAGGUCGCCACCCGCUUCCAGCUGAAGCUGCAAAACCGUUUUGCAGCCCUAGACACAGGUGUGGACAACCCUGAGGAGCUCUGGAACGACUUCAAGCAAGGCAUCACCACUAUGGCAACCAAGGUGCUCGGACACAAGAGAAGGAAGAAGAAGAAGGACUUCCUGUCCGAGGAAACCCUUAAUGUGGUGGAGGCAAAAAGAACUGCCAGACUGGAAGGUAACCUGGGGGAGUACAGACGCCUCAACGGCAAGCGCAACAAGCUGCUUCGUAAGGACAAGCAAAGAUGGCUGGAUAGCCUUGCAGGCGAAGCAGAGGCAGCUGCCCGAAGAAGUGACCAAGGCUCCGUGUACAGGACCCUGAGGACCCUUUCCGGGAAGACAACCCCAUCAACUGCCAGUGUCAAAGCCUUGGAUGGAACCGUCCCAGACACCCCAGCACAACAGACUGCACGGUGGAGAGAGCACUUCCAGUGUCUACUCAACCGUCCAAGAAAGUGGCCAAGGCCAUACGGAAACUUAAACCUGGCAGAGCCGCUGGGCCGAUGGCAUCCCCCCGAGUGUCUGCUGUAUGGAGGACCUGCCGUAGCAGCGCAGCUUCAGCGUCUGUUUACAGCUGCAGCUGUCUGGAACAGCGAGACCAUCCCCGAGGACUGGCUGCAGGGCAUCAUCCUCCCCUUCUGGAAGAAUGGUCCCAAGGACCUCUGCAGCAACUACAGGGGGAUCACUUUGCUCAGUGUUCCAGGAAAGGUGUUUGCCAACGUUGUCCUCGGGAGACUGCGACCUCUCCUCCUGCGCAAGCAGAGAAAGGAGCAGAGCGGCUUUACACCAGGACGCUCCACAGUGGACAGAAUCCUGACCCUCCGACUCCUGGCUCAGAAGAGAAGAGAGUUCAGGAAGUACCUUUUUGCCGCCUACGUGGACCUCAAGCAAGCCUUCGACUCUGUUGACAGACAAGCUCUCUGGAAGAUUCUUAGGAUCCUUGGAGUUCCAGGCAAACUGCUGAACCUUCUCUCGCUCCUCUACUCUGACACUGUCUCCUGUGUGAGAGUGAACGGAUUGCUGUCUGACAACUUCGACAUCAUCAGCGGUGUCCGACAGGGUUGUGUACUGGCGCCGUCCAUCUUCAACACGGCUAUUGACUACGUCAUGGCAGGAGUUGUGGGACAGUGCGGGUGCGGUGCUAGCUACGGCGAUGUGACCAUCACCGACCUGGACUACGCCGAUGACGUGGCAAUCCUUGCUGAGGCCAUGGACAUACUCCAGCUCGCCCUGUAG